AUGAAUACUCCAACAACAAUGACAACAACAACAAUAAAACCAACAACAAUACCAACAACACUACCAACAACACUACCAACAACACCAACAACACUACCAACAACACUACCAACAACACCAACAACACCACCAACAACACUACCAACAACAACAACAACACCAACAACAAUACCAACAACACCAACAACACCACCAAUAACAACACCAACAACACCACCAACAACACCACCAACAACAACACCAACAACAAUACCAACAACACCAACAACACCAACAACACCACCAACAACACUACCAACAACACCAACAACACCACCAACAACACCAACAACACUACCAACAACAACAACAAUGACAACAAUGACAACGACUACUACUACUACUCAAGGAAAGAUAAUUCAGUUAAACUGUAAUAAUGAUAACGAAAUAUUAUCAUUUACUCAUUCCAGUGAUAAUUAUAUCCAAUCAGUGAAUGAUAAGGAUGUAAAUGAAAUUGUUAAAAGUAAUGAAAGUCAAUUUGUUAUACUAUCAAGAAAUUUACAAUUAUCAGAUGAUAGUAGCAAUACCAAAUCUUAUCAAUUUACUGAUAAAAUAAAUUCAUCACAUAUUGAACCAUUAAAUAUUAAUUCAUCAUAUACAAUGGAAAAAUUGGAUGAAAAACGAGAAAAUGAAAGAGUAUAUGAAUAUUUGUUACGAUUAAAUGAAGUAAGAAAUUGGUUGAAAGAAUGUCUUCAAUUAGAUAAUAUUGCAAAUGAAAUGGAAUUUGAGCAUAAUUUAUCCAACGGUGUAUUGCUAGCUCGUCUUGCUCAUACAUUUGCGCCACAUAUUGUACCGUUGUCAAAAAUUUUUGACAUUGAUCAGAAUUAUUUCAAUACAAAUGGACAAAUUUGCUGUUAUCGUCACACUGAUAAUAUUAGUUUAUGGAAAGAUGCAAUAAGAAGUAUUCAUUUUCCUGAGGUUUUAAUUCCGGAUACUGUAGAUAUUUAUGAAGGUCGUAAUAUAAAAACAGUAUUUAGCUUAUUUGCGCUUGCUAAAUAUUUACAUCGAAUGCAUCGUGGACCAUCUAUUCGACGUGAAGAAAACGUUGAAUUUUCACCAAUGACGUUAAAUGACGUACGUGAACGCUUAAAAAAUAGUGAUUUAUCAUUAUUUGGUAAUAUUGAUGAAAUUUUGGCUACAAUACCUGUUAAUUUGAAUGAUACAAAUAUUGAAGCUAUAAUGCAAUUAAACAAUAGCAUUAAUGAUAAGGUUAUCUUAUUGAAAUGUUUGAAAUGUUUUGAUACAAAUAUUUCAUAUGUAAAUGAUUUAUUUAUUGAUCGAUAUCAAGAAGAACUUAUAAAUCAACGAAAGAUAUUAGGCAUAAAUGAAUUUUUAAAUUGUAAACAAAUUCAAGCAGCGAUCAACAAAGUUAAUUUGGAAAAAAUACAUUUGGCAUGUGAAAAUAAUAAUUGCAAUGAUUUAUUAAUGAUAAUUUGUAAUUUGGAUGAUUUUAAAAUGGAAUAUAUUUCAUUUUAUAUGUAUGCAUUGAAAAAUUAUUCACCGUUGACAAUGGCGGAAGUGGACAAGGUCAUUCGAAAGGUCAACCAAAAUGUAGCAAUUGCAAUUAUUAAAUCACAAGAUACACUUCAUUUAAAUUUAUUUCUUCUGGAUGAUAAAAAAGAUAAAGCAAAAAAAUUAUUGCUUACAUCAUGGAAUAGUAUUAUACAAAAUAUUUCAUUGUCAGAAUUUAUUGCUCGUUUAACAGAGGAAAUUAUUAUACGAAAGAAAAAAUGGGAAUCGAAUAUAAAUGAAAGAAAUGAUGAAUAUUUACGAGAACGAUUUAAUGAUGGUGAAUUAUUUAUAAAUGUUGAUAAUGAAAAAAUAAUUUAUGAUAAGCCGAACAAAAUUAUUAAAUGGAUGUUAACAAGAGAGGAAAUUGAGGAUAUCAGCACAAUGAUAAAUGAUAAGGAUGACAUGGAUCAGAAAGAUGGAAAUGAUAAUGAAAUGAAAUUGGAGAAAGCAGCAACCAAAAUUCAACAAUGGUGGAAAAAACGAUUAUUCUCGAAAAAUUUCGAAGAAUUGAAAAUAUCUGAUAAGCCAUCUCUUCGAGUAGUACGACAAUUUAUUUCAUUGUUAUUGCAUACACAAAAUGAUGAAACAGAAAACGAAGAAUUGAAAAAAAAUCGAUUAUAUGCAACAAAAUUAAUUAAUGCAAAUGAAUAUUUGAAAGAGAAAAUGAUGGAUUUGGAUGAGAAAAUUGUUCAAAUAUCCGCCAACAAAAUUCAAUUUCAAGAAUUACGAAGUUUAUUGAAAAAUAUUCGUAUGGAAGCAAACGAUUAUAUAGCAUAUGAUAAGCCAUUAUCAGUUAGUGAUAAAAAUGAUAUAACGAUGAAACUUUAUGAAAUUAUUUUUUUCCAUUUACAAACAAAACCGCAAUAUUUUGUUAAAUUGAUGGGUAAAUAUAGCAAUAACCCAAAUGGAUUGUCGGAUUUAUUUCGAAAAUCCGUUUUACCUGUUUACAGUUACGGAAUGAGCAAUCCUGAAAUGUCAUUAUUAGCUUUAUUAUUAGCGAAAUAUUUGCAUGAAGAAAUAAAACAAUUAAAUAAUCCAAUCGAUUUCCGGAAUAAUUCAUCCACUGUUAUUUUACAAAUACUAAUGGAAUUAUAUGGUAAAAUGGAGCUACAACAGCAACAAAUAGCAGAAUUAAAUCAAAAUUUAAAUAAUAUCAAUUAUUAUGAACAAUAUUUUAAUCUUAAUCCAAUAAAUCUUUUCGAAUCAAUAACUGGCAGUAAAACAACAAAUAUUAAUAAAGCAAUGGAAAAUGCUAUAGUAAACAAAAUUUUUAAUAAUAGUAAACAAUUUCUCAUUCAUUGGGCUAUUGCUUAUGCUCAAAUUAUCUUUACAAAAACCUUCAAAUAUCCUGAUAUCAUACGAUAUAUAGCGAUAUCAGCAAGAAAUAACUUGAAGAAGCAUUUUCCAACUCAAUCUGAUAGUACCAUUAUUCAGGUAAUUAAUGCAUGGCUCUACAAUGGCUGUUGGAUGAAAGUAAUUACUGCUAGCGAAAGUUUAAAUAUGAUAAGCGAAAUUGGAAAAGUUAAUGAAUAUAAAACUUUAGCAAUUCGUAAAGUAAUUAGCAAAUUUAUCGAAUAUAGUAUUUUAAAUUUUGGUUAUAGCACUGAAAAAUAUUGGUUAAAUUCAUUGAAUGAUGCUAUCACAAAAAUUAAUACUAUUUCAAAAUUACAUUUUAUUAAAUUUAUAAUGCAAAAUCCACCGUGCAGUAUUGAUGAUGAAAAAUGGAAGAAAUAUGAAUCAUACAGGCCUAUCCUUCAUCUAACAAUGUGUCAACUACAUGUCACCCUUCAAAAGUUUCAAAAUGAUGUCAACGAGAUAAUUUCAAAAAAUUCACAAUUGAGUCAGUUUAUUGCUAAUGUAUUAUCAUUACCGAUUGAUAAUAUAAAACAAUAUGUGACACUUCAUUUGCAUCCUUUUACAUCAAAUGAAACUGAUAAUUACGAUGAAAUAUUCCGAAGAACGAUGCAAUAUGUGGAAAAUUGCUUGUUAAGUGGUUGCCCGGGUAAUAAUUUAACACAACUUCUUGCUCAUCAUACACUUCAGAAAGAAGAGGAAAUUUUUCGAAAAUUUUUACAUCGAAAUAAUAAUAAUCAACAUAUAAAGCUAACAUUGGAUGAGACAAAAUGCCAUAUUAUUCGUCAGUUGAGCACAUUAGAGAAGGCUAAACGAGUAACAUCAAUAAAUAAUUAUCAAAGUAUUGUCACAGCUAUCGCUAAGGAAAUUAACAAAACGGAUGAAUAUCGUAAAAUUCGUCAAAUCGAUUUGAUAACAAUGCGUAAAUUAGUGUCAGAGCUUGAAAAAACUCAAUUGGAUUAUCAGAAACGUUUGGAACGAUAUGCAAAAUUAUUUGAAAAAAUUUAA